GGUGAAAAGGAUUGCCAUACAUUACUACACUUUUGUACGUGAGUCAUUUUUUGGGAGCAGAUGACAAACAAGCACGAAGAUGGUCGACAAAUUAGUGAACAGUGAAGCAAAUGCUCGGCGAAUUGCAAUGGUUGAGGGAUGCUUUGGCAGUUCCGGUCAGCCUCUUGGAAUACCUGGCCGAGUAUUAGUAGGUGAAGGUGUUUUAACCAAAAUGUGCCGGAAAAAGCCAAAAGCAAGACAAUUUUUCCUAUUCAAUGAUACAUUGGUUUAUGGAAAUAUCGUAAUCAGCAAAAAAAAGUACAAUAAGCAGCACAUAAUACCGUUAGAGGAGAUAAAACUUCAGCCCCUUGAGGAUGAUGGGUCUUACAGGAAUGGUUGGUUGAUUUGCACUGCAUCCAAAUCCUUUGCUGUUUACGCCGCAACGGCAACUGAAAAAGCUGAAUGGAUUGCUCAUAUAAACAAAUGUGUUGAAGAUCUUUUACGCAAAAGUGGGAAAAAACCGCUGGGUGAACAUGCGGCUGUGUGGGUACCAGACGCUGAAGCCAAUGUUUGUAUGCACUGCAACAAGUCACAAUUCAACGUCUUGAAUAGAAGACACCAUUGUCGAAAAUGUGGCGCAGUUGUUUGCGGCCCAUGCUCCAACAAGAAGUUUUUAUUGCCAGUUCAGUCAGCGAAGCCUUUGAGAGUCUGUCUAACUUGUCACGAUAUUUUAACCAAAUCCAAGAACAUAGGAGGACCAAACGUGUCUCUGAACGGCGACCUUAGCAUGGAUUCUUCUGGUGAGGACGACGAAGAUGAAGACGAUGACCCAGAAAAUCUUUCUUCAUCGAAUGAAGCAAAAUUCUACGGCGAAAUUCAAAAGUGAUUUCACGGGUUAGUUGGCGAUGCCGAUUCCGAGCCGAAGUCUGCCUUUCUAAAAGUGAAUCUUCCCUUGUUUUAGUCAUCUGCGAGUCCUUCUGAGUCCUGCCUUUACCGGCAGAAAUUAUGGAAAUGUAUCCUCACUUUAGGUUAGACUUCAAAAAUCAUAGUUUCACGUUUUUAAAUGAUCACACUUCUAAGUGUAUUCUCAUUCAUGCGUUCAUCCAUCAGCCGCUUUAAAUUCUUCCUUUUUUUUUCUUGUUUUGAAACAUGUUCUUUAUUAAACUUCAUGAUUACUAUGGUGUGCCUUAAUCAUAUGUACUCUUUUGCUCGUUUGUUUGGAGUAUCCGUUCCAAUUUGUCGUCAUAUUCCCUUUCUUG